CUUAGCCACGUCACCCAGCCCUCCAACUUUGGAAGUGAAGUGUAAACUCUGUUGCAGGGAAAUAUGCUGGCAGACUCCGUGCAAGCGAUCUAGGUGCAAAAGAACAUCUGAAUGAUUAUUGCAUAGAGUUGUGAAGCGGAGACUGUGAAACUGUGUUGUAGGUUACAGGCCAACAACUUGGGAAAAGACACAGCUUUCAUUUGAUCGAUUUGUUUACUUGUCAGAGGCCUUGUUUUACCUGGAUUCUUCACCACUUGUAUUACAGACGCUAGCGGCGUAGGCUAAAUUCUUGUGUUAAAAUCGUCGGCCAGAGGAUUCCGUCAAAAUGAACAUUUUCCGUCUCGCCGGUGACGUGUGUCAUCUUGUUGCAAUUAUCAUAUUGUUUAUCAAGAUAUGGAGAUCAAAGUCGUGUGCAGGAAUAUCUGGGAAGUCUCAGCUGCUGUUUGCAUUGGUCUUCACCACAAGAUACCUGGAUCUCUUCACCAGCUUCAUCUCCAUUUACAACACUGUUAUGAAGGUGGUCUUCCUUUCUCUUGCCUACGCCACAGUGUACAUGAUCUACAUGCGCCUCCGCAGCUCCUACGAUUCCGAGAGUGACUCCUUCCGGGUAGAAUUCCUCCUGGUUCCUGUGGCUGGACUGUCCUUCCUGGAGAACUAUGCCUUCACCCCCAUGGAGAUCCUCUGGACCUUCUCAAUCUACUUGGAGUCUGUGGCCAUCUUGCCUCAGCUGUUCAUGAUCACCAAGACCGGAGAGGCGGAGUCCAUAACCACUCACUAUCUGUUCUUCUUGGGCUUGUACCGAGCCCUUUACCUGGCCAACUGGGUCUGGCGCUACCACACUGAGGGAUUCUUCGACCAAAUUGCUGUGGUUUCCGGAGUGGUGCAGACGAUCUUCUACUGUGACUUCUUCUAUCUCUAUGUCACCAGGGUUCUCAGAGGUAGUGGAAAGAUGUCUCUGCCCAUGCCAGUGUGAAGUGUGCAAAACCAGAAAUUCACCGUCAAAGCUACACCACCUGCCCUUACUCAUUCAUUCACUUGGGAGGACCAUGGCAUUGAUCUGAAAAUUUGAUGAUUGGAGCCGAUUCAACCCGUAUUUGAUUGCAGUAACGUGAAGACUUUAUGUAAAACGUAUGGAUAUUUCUUAUCCAAUCAUCAUUGAUAUUAAGUUUGUUUUUAAAAUAAAUAAAACAGUGCCAGGGCUAAAAGGGAUUGCUCAGCAGAGACGUAAAGAAAUUCAUUGUAAAUGUCAUAUCUGCCAUUUUGUAUGCUUUUAAGAAGGGCUGUAAUUACCAGUGCCAUUUUGCCAUUAUCUUCUGUCAGUGUCUAGGGAUUCCAGGUGUAUUUUUAAUAAUCUUUGAGUCAAGUCUGAAACACUCUGCACAUAAGCACUCUCAUUAUGAAACCGCAUGUUUUUAUUAUUUAUUUGUUCUUUCAUUUCAAACCUGGUUAAAUUGAUGUAGGAGAGUGAUGAUGGAUGUUUUUUUCUGUUUUAAACUGGCUUACAUUACUAGACUGUACAAGUCUAGCCUGUAUUUAGAUAGGUCUCACAUACUGUAUGAGUGAUAGCUUUGCAAGGAAACUGCAAACUCUUCCUACUUAACCGCUGAUUUUGGUCACCCGUAACAAUCUGAAUGUGCAUCCCAACAAAAUGGCAUUGUCAGCAAAAUUACAAAUGUAUGAAAAUACUCUUCACCACUAUUCACCUUCGGGGUGUAGACAAUUAAUGUUGUUUUUGAAAAGCACCAUCUGCUGUCUGACUGUUAGUUUUCCCCUGAACAAGAACUCCAAAUGAACAGCUGUCCUUACAUAGGAGAUUUGUAUAUAAAUUAUUGCAUAAUUUGCAUUCCUUUGUCAUGAAAGUCUUCACGUGUCUUCCACUUUUUCGUCCUUUAAAAUUUUAAUGUAAAAUGUUUUUUCACAAUGUUUUGUCUUUUCAAUCAUUACGUCCAUGUCUUUGAUGUAUGUUUGAGUUUGUAGAUUAUCUGUCAGUAUUCACUUAACAUGAAAAAGCUGUGUCCGUGGAUCAAAAACCAGGGGUGAUCAUGGCUCAUUCAACCCAGAGAGCACCGAACCCAAGGUGCUCUGUGCUUUUACAACCAGAAUAUAAUUCUUGUUUUAUGCCUUGUGUGAUGGAAAUAUCAAGAGAAACAGAACAAUUUAGGAAAUCUCCUUCACAUCCAGAAACAUAUGUAGUGUUUAUGAUAGUGAUACAUCUGAGUUUCUCAGUUUUACUAAGCCAAAGAUCAUUUUCAAGAGCUAAAGUGUCGUUUCAUAUUUAGUAUUGCAAAGCAAUCUGGGACCUAAUGGUGUGGUAAGGCCCACUUCUGAUUCUGAAUUUGGAAUGACAAAGAUGUUCAGUUCAAACAGUUCAUUCUCCUUUUAGCAACUUUUUCUCCCUGCUCGAUUUUCUUAAGAUUUUAUAUCUAGCUUUUGUAAGUUGUCAAUAAAGGAUGUCUCAUGAAACUCA